AUGGCUAGCGCGGAAACUCUUCACAAAGUGGCCGACGACGUUGUCGCCAAUGCGGAUGCUGAUCUUAGAAAAAUCAACUUGGCUAUCCACAGCCACCCGGAAACUUUAUACAAGGAAGUAUAUGCUCACGAUACACUAUGCGGCUACUUCGAGAAGCAAGGUUUCACAGUUGAACGGGGUGCGGGAGGUCUACCCACAGCUUUCCGAGCAUCAUUCGGUCCCGACAAGGGGCCAGAUGGACAGCUGACAAGAGCGGUUGCGAUCAAUCUCGAAUACGAUGCUCUGCCAAUUUUAGGACAUGCCUGCGGUCAUAACCUCAUCGCGACUGCUGGUGUGGCUGCUGCUUUAGGGAUGGCUGCUGCAAUCAAGGAGGGUAAAAUUUCAGGGCGUGUUGUCGCCAUAGGAACCCCUGCAGAGGAAGGUGGCGGCGGCAAGAUCAAAUUGAUCAAAGCAGGAAUCUACAAAGACAUUUUCUGCUGUAUGAUGGUCCAUGCAAUGCAAUAUGACAACGCAUACUUUACAAGCAUGUGCGGAUCAGAACUGACCAUCGAGUACAUUGGAAAACCCGCGCACGCAAUGGCCGCUCCUUGGGAUGGGAUCAAUGCGCUGGACGCGAUGACCUUGCUACACACCAGCAUUGGUUUGCUACGCCAGCAGAUCAUGCCUACCGAUCGGAUCCGGGGCGUAGUACUUAGUGCUGGUGAGAGUUCUGGAGUCAUUCCGCACUACUCCAAAGCCCGUUACUGCGUGCGAUCGGCUAGUCUGGUGCGCUACCGUACCCUUAAGCAGAAGUUUAUCAACUGCCUCGAAGCUGCGGCGUUGGCGACUGGUUGUGAGCUGAAGACCGACUGGAUGCCAGCUUAUUGGGAUAUACGCGUUAAUCAUGGAUUGGCCGGCAAAUAUGUGAAACAUAUGGAGCAAAUGGGUAUUCCGUUUGCGCCGAUGCAUGAACAAAAGGCGAACAUGACCUGUGCCAGUACUGAUAUGGGCAAUGUCACCUAUGAAGUGCCCAGUAUCCACCCAAUAUUUGCUUUGGACAGCCCCAAUGGUUCCAUCCACACGAAAGCUUUUGAGCAAGUCGCGGCCACACAGGACUCCCACGAGCGUGCAAUCAAAUGCGGCAGAGCCAUGGCGCGCACAGGAAUUGAAGUGUUGGUGGACGAGGCGUUCGCAGCACAGGUGCGGCAGGAAUAUGACGACACGGACAUGAGCAUCGCACUGGACCCGUGGGUGGCGUAA